CGUGAAAGAGAAAACACAAGAGGAGAGAUUUAACAGUCCCCUGGCUCCCGGGAUUCGAACCACUGCACUUUCAUCUUUUGGAACUCGGUAGGAGUGAAAUCAAAUAGGAAACACAAGAGGAGAAAUUUAAAAGUCUCCUGGCUCCCGGGAUUCGAACUUGAACUUUCGUCUUUCGGAACUUGGUAGGAGUGAACGAAAAAACACAAGAGGAGAGAUUUAACAGUCUCCAGGCUCCAGGGAUUCGAACCAGUGCACUUUCGUCUUCUAGAACUCGGUAGGAGUGGAGGAGGAAACACAAGAGGAGAAAUUUAAAAGUCUACUGGCUCCCGGGAUUCGAACCAGUGCACUUUCGUCUUUCGGAACUCGGUAGGAGCACGCACUGCUAAGUCAUCAUGAUCCGGAGUAUGGGCGGGAGUCUAGAGGCCGAGUUUGAGAAACAGAAGGCCCAGCGGCGCAGACAGGAGCAUAAAAACAUGGAGGACCAGAUGAGGAAGAACCGCAUCGACCGAGUGUUCCUAGACAAAGAGUACACGCACGUAGAAUGGAUGCGUCGGAGAAAUCUUCACGAGUACGACCUCGCUCAGGAGAAGAUUAUAGACCAGCUAGCCCGGAUCUACGCCAGGCAGUGCCAAAUCGCAGAGGAGAAGCUAGCCAAGAAGGAGGAAGAAGAAAGAAAGAAGAGACUUCGGAUAGAGCAAAGGGUGACGAAGGAGAAGGGGAAGACGAAAAGGGCAAAGACGGCGGAUUCGGGUCGGUCCCGGCGGUCGCAGCUGACGCAGCAAUUCUCCCGGACAUCCCUGGUUAGGCCGGCUACGAGCUCGUUCCCAAGGUCUCAAGGGCCAGCCGAGAGGGCCCAGACACCGAUGUCCGAGCCGCAUGUGGCACGCAGAGGCAGCCUUAGCAAGGCGAUGCCGCCACGGAGCCAGAGCAGAGUCAGCUUCGCACAGCCACAUGCUCACAGAACGGCAUGGGGGGACGACGACAGCGACAGGAUCUCGGAAAUCUCCGACGUGUCGUCGAGCUCAGACGAAACCCACCGAAGCCCUCCGAUGAAAGUCGAAGUGCGGUCCCUCGCAACAACAACAACACCUGCGCAAAAGGGAGGAAAGAACAGUAACGUCGCACCCAGUGUACCACCUGCGACCAACAUCUCACAACCUAACCCAUUCCAGAAGAAAAGACUGGUCACUCCUCCUACUAUCCUGGUGUUGCACCAGAAACUGGACAUAUUUGACGACAAGAACCAAAAGGGUAGCAUGAAUCGGCUAAGCCCUGCCGAACAGGACUUCAUCCGUAAAAAGUACAGACAAAAACACGAGUGUCUCAUGCAGGAAAGGCAAAGACGUCUCAAGGCAAGAGCUCAAAGCGCCCCACCUGCACAACAGGUAGAGAGGAGUAGGUAUGGCAGUAUCAGUAGAAUAGAGGAGCUGAACCUGAAGAGUUCUUCCGAGAAACCAUGGGUGGAGUACUGGAGGGAGAAACUUCUUAACUAAAUGCAGUAUGAAUCUGCGCUGUAGUUCAACAAUGGGGUUUUGUAUGUAUUGUGCCGUACAUUUCGAAUAAGACUUUCAUCUGGUAUUUCAACAACUUGAAGUAACAAAUGUAAGGUACUUUUGUGACUGUAAAACUCAUAGAUAAAUAAAUGUUUUAAAUUUUAGUCUGACUUCUGGGAAGUAGCAGAUCUUUAUGUUCUAUAUUAGAAAAUGUUACACGGGUUUAACUUUUUAUAGUUCUUCCUUCUAACCUACAUAGCAACGUUAAUCUGUAUGCGAGUGAAGAUUCAAUUCCAACAUGCUAGAUACUAGUAGUUGUCUAUUUUCAAAUAAAAAAAUGUUGACAU